CGUUUCCUUGACCGGAGGGGGGCAAUGAUAGGAGGCGCCAAGGCAUACAAAAGUUUUGGAUCAAUGAAUUAUCAGGGCAGCCAAGCUGGAGUAAAACAGUUUAAAUGAGACUGUUUCUGAUGUUGAGUUCCACGCACACAGCAGGAGGGGGACAAAGAUGUGUGGUCACGACUCAUGACGCAACCCAGUUCGUCAUGAACUGAAUCACAUUGGAAUUUAUUUAGUGACGUGAAACCAGGUUAACACUACGGUGGGACACGUUUGUUUUAUUAAGUUGCUUAUACCAUUAAUAUAGCAGACCCUGCGCUCUACUUUUCACCGCUGGAUUAUACUCUGCAUAGUAGUGCUUAUUCCUGAAAGUGGCCUUAGUGAAAUCCCCUUUUAUCGCCUUUUUUCACAAUACGGAUAUAUUCAUACUCUUACACUCUGUCAUACUACAUAGCCUUGUAUUUUACCCAGUGGUGAGAGGUUGCGCUUUACACUGAAUCGCGAGGGGCUCUGGGUAACUGUUACCGAAUUCUCUGAGAAGACAAUGCCUGGCAUUCCAUCUGUAUACCUGUGGUCGCCUGCGUACAGAGAAGAGUCUCGGUGAAGAGAGCGCUACGUUUUGAGCACUUUUGCAGUUUCGUUUGUGUGUGUUGAAUGCACAGUUUGAUUUUGUGCAGCUGGAAAGGAGUCGACAGACAGCUUCAGCACCACGUCUCUGAACAGCUCCCGUUUCCCUUCGGCACAUUUCCCCCCGGUUGAAUGGGCGCUAUUUGUCCGUCUUUCAUAUAGCUCUUAACUGCUGGCGACUGUUUGCAAUGGCAUCACACGGAUUUUGGGGUCUUGGCGCGCCAGAGAAUGCUGGUGAUAAUACCAGCAACCAAAGCCCCACUACGCCCAGGGCAUGGUGCCAGGCGGCGGCCCAAAAACUACCUGGAGGCAUUGGAUCGAAACUGUGUGCUCUACUCAGUGUUGCUGGAGAGGGCGAGAAAACAUCCGAGCCGACAUCUACCAAACUGGAUGAGACAACGGUUGGGACCUGCGGAUGCAACAAACCGUGCAAUUGUCUAAAGGCGACUGAGGCGACUGUCGGUUUCUCAGAUCUAUAUUCAACAGAUCUACUACCCGCGUUGGAUGGUGACUUGAAGACAAUGACUUUUCUCCAAGAAGUUGUGGAUAUUUUGCUGGCAUAUAUCACGGAAUCGUUUGAUAGGGAAACGAAAGUCAUUGAUUUCCACUAUCCCAAUGAAUUGCUCCAGAGAAACAACUGGGAACUGCAGGAUGAGCCAGAAACACUGCAUGAUAUUUUGAUAAGCUGUCGUGCAACUCUGAAAUACGCUAUCAAAACAGCCCACCCCAGAUACUUCAAUCAGCUCUCAACAGGAUUAGAUAUGGUUGGUCUUGCAGCUGAUUGGCUAACGUCCACCGCAAACACCAACAUGUUCACCUACGAGGUGGCUCCAGUGUUCGUGCUGCUGGAAUACGUCACUUUGAAGAAAAUGAGGGAGAUCAUUGGCUGGGAGGAUGGCCGAGGGGAUGGAAUCUUCUCUCCCGGUGGUGCCAUUUCCAAUAUGUAUGCCAUGCUGCUGGCUCGCUUCAAGAUGUUUCCUGAAGUGAAGGAGAAAGGAAUGUCAUCAGUCCCCAGACUGGCAGCCUUCACAUCCGAGCAUAGUCAUUUCUCAAUCAAGAAAGGAGCAGCAGCCCUUGGCAUUGGUACAGAGAGUGUCAUCUGCAUCAAAGCUGAUGAGAGUGGUAAAAUGAUACCAGCUGACCUUGAAAGGAAAAUACUGGAAGCCAAGCAGAAGGGAUUUGUGCCAUUCUUUGUGAGUGCGACGGCUGGCACCACAGUCUACGGAGCCUUUGACCCCCUCAUUGCCAUCUCAGAUAUUUGUAAGAAGUACCAAGUCUGGUUCCACGUGGAUGGUGCGUGGGGAGGCAGUCUCAUCAUGUCCAGGAUGCACAAGUGGAAGCUAGAUGGAGUUGAGAGGGCCAAUUCAGUGACAUGGAACCCUCACAAGAUGAUGGCAGUCCCACUGCAGUGCUCAGCCCUGCUGGUCCGGGAGGAGGGGCUGAUGCAAAACUGCAACCAGAUGCACGCCUGCUACCUGUUCCAGCAGGACAAGCACUACGACCUGUCCUACGACACUGGGGACAAGGCCUUGCAGUGUGGACGUCAUGUGGACAUCUUCAAGCUCUGGCUCAUGUGGAGAGCUAAGGGCACCAUCGGGUUCGAGGCUCAGAUUGACAAGUGUCUGGAGCUUUCGGAGUACCUGUACAACAAGAUCAAGGACAGGGAAGGAUAUGAGAUGGUCUUCAAUGGAAAGCCUCAACACACCAACGUGUGCUUCUGGUACCUCCCUCCUGGCAUGCGGUACAUGGAGGACAAAGAGGAGAAAAAGAAGCGCCUGCACAAGGUGGCUCCAGUGAUCAAGGCCAGGAUGAUGGAGUAUGGGACAACCAUGGUCAGCUACCAACCACAGGGGGACAAGGUCAACUUCUUCCGCAUGGUCAUCUCCAACCCCGCGGCCACCUUUGAGGACAUCGACUUUCUUAUCGAGGAAAUCGAGCGGCUCGGUCAGGAUCUAUAAGACUUGUGUCACACAAAUAUCCCUUUCCUUUUCCCUAAACGGAUGAAAUGUUUGUUGUGAAUGUAUUGGUAUUCCUUUUCUUUCUUCCAAAGUCAUAUAUUAUAACAAGGUAUGUUUGAGAAGAAAAAAAUAAUCUAUAGAUAUAUCCAUAUUUAUGUAUCGCAGCUUUGUCGUGGACCUCCUUGGUCUGGGGUUCUGUAAAAGUUUUUCCUAGUAUAGAGUAGUGUAAUUGAUGUAACUUUAUAUGUAUUUUUGUGAUAUGAAAUGCUAGUGCAAUAGGUUGAGGAAGAGUUUAUUUUCUAAUUGUUUUCUCAUUCGCAAGGUACAUUGGAAGUGCCAGAUGUGGUUAAAUUCCAUUGUAAGCUACAUUCUAGUCUCACUCAUGUUUAAAAGAACACUUCCGACUUAUCUCAACUCAGUCCACUGCCUUAACAUUUGCAUACUUCAAGCAGUGGUUUUGGUCAAAUGUUGGUUGACUCACUUCUACUUGUAUUAGAAAACAAUGACAAAGUCUCCAAAUCCAACACAUCCCAUAACUGUAGUAUCUGAAUUUAAAAUUUCCAAAGAAUCUGAAGGAUGAAAAGAGUUGUGCCUCAUAGCAGUGAAGGAGAUUGACUAACACCAAGCAGCUCUAAGAGUAGCUCCACAGUAAUGCAGCCAUGUUUAUGCUCAACAGCAAAAGCACUUUUCAUUGGAUGACCUCAUUUAUUUAAUGUCACUUUCAAUUCUCUCUCUGGUGUGUAGUGGGUGCAAGAUGAUAUCAACUCAGCAAAAAAGGAAACGUCCUCUCACUUCAACUGCGUUUAAUUUCAGCAAACUUAACAUGUGUAAAUAUUUGCAUGAACAGAACAAGAUUCAACAACUGAGACAAACUGAUCAGGUUCCACAGACAUGUGACUAACAGAAAUGUAAUAAUGUGUCCCUGAACAAAGGGAGGGGUUAAAAUCAAAAGGAACAGUCAGUAUCUGGUGUGGCCACCAGCUGCAUUAAGUACUGCAGGGCAUCUCCUCCUCGUGGACUGCACCAGAUUUGCCAGUUCUUGCUGUGAGAUGUUACCCCACUCUUCCACCAAGGCACCUGCAAGUUCCCGGACAUUUCUGGGGGGAAUGGCCCUAGCCCUCACCCUCCUAUCCAACAGGUCCCAGACGUGCUCAAUGGGAUUGAGAUCCGGGCUCUUCGCUGGCCAUGGCAGAACACUGACAUUCCUGCCUUGCUGGAAAUCACUCACAGAACGAGCAGUAUGGCUGGUGGCAUUGUCAUGCUGGAGGGUCAUGUCAGGAUGAGCCUGCAGGAAGGGUAACACACGAGGGAGGAGGAUGUCUUCCCUGUAACGCACAGCGUUGAGAUUGCCUGCAAUGACAACAAGCUCAGUCCGAUGAUGCUGUGACACACCACCCCAGACCAUGACGGACACUCCACCUCCAAACCGAUCCCACUCCAGAGUAUAGGCCUCUGUGUAACGCUCAUUCCUUUGACGAUAAACGUGAAUCCGACCAUCACCCCUGGUGAGACAAAGCCACGACUCGUCAGUGAAAAGCACUUUUUCCCAGUCCUGUCUGGUCCAGCGACGGUGGGUUUGUGCCCAUAGGCGACGUUGUUGCCGGUGAUGUCUGGUGAGGAUUUGGCUUACAACAGGCCUACAAGCCCUCAGUCCAGCCUCUCUCAGCCUAUUGCGGACAGUCUGAGCACUGAUGGAGGGAUUGUGCGUUUCCAGUUGUUGUUUCCAUUCUGUACCUGUCCCGCAGGUGUGAUGUUUGGAUGUACCAAUCCCGCGCAGCUGUUGUUACACGUGGUCUGCCACUGCGAGGACGAUCAGCUGUCCAUCCUGUCUCCCUGUAGCGCUGUCUUAGGCGUCUCACAGUACGGACAUUGCAACUUAGUGCCCUGGCCACAUCUGCAGUCCUUAUGCCUCCUUGCAGCAUGCCUAAGGCACGUUCACGCAGAUGAGCAGGGACCCUGGGCAUCUUUCUUUUGGUGUUUUUCAGAGUCAGUAGAAAGGCCUCUUUAGUGUCCUAAGUUUUCAUAACUGUGACCUUAAUUGCCUACUGUCUGUAAGCUGUUAGUGCAUGUUCGUUAAUUGUUUGUUUCAUUAAACAAGUAUGGGAAACAGUGUUAAAAACCCUUUACAAUGAA